AUGCAGCCAAGUCUUCUUCUGAACCUGGCCGCUGCCGCUGGUCCCUACACCGUUAGCAACAAUCUCUGGGGUCAGGCUGGUAGCUCUGGCUCCCAGUGCACUGAUGUUAACUCAAUCUCUAACUUCGGCGUUUCAUGGACGACUGCCUGGAACUGGGCCGGUAACAAUAACCAGGUCAAGAGCUAUGCCAAUUCGCAGUUGAGUGGCCUGACCAAAAAGCUCGCAAGCCAGCUGAAAGGCAUUCCUACCUCCGCGCAGUGGGGGUAUAGUAAUACGAAUAUCAAUGCCGAUGUUGCGUAUGAUCUCUUCACGACAGCGGAUAUCAAUCAUGUUUCUUACAGCGGUGACUAUGAGCUCAUGAUCUGGCUCGGCAAAUACGGCACCGCACAACCCCUUGGUAAUCAGAUAGGAACAAGGUCACAAAAGACAGACAGCUUCGUUGCCUCCAGUCAACAAACUUCGUGGAACGGUGAUAUCUUGCAGUUCUUUCACUAUCUAGCCGAUCAUCAGGGCUUCCCGGCUAGUAGUCAGUACUUGAUUGAUCUGCAGUUCGGCACAGAGCCAUUUACCGGAGACGAGACAACCUUGACAGUGAACCAUUGGUCUGCGGCUGUCAACUAG